AUAAUAUUUCUUAUGAUUUUAUUAUUUCAAAAUUAGUUAUUAAAUCAUAUAAACCAUGAAAAUUCUAAUACAACCAAACCAGUUAUAUUCUUUCCGUUUUCAUCUGUCAAAGCUGUAGAAUACUGUGGGAAUUGAAGCAUAAUUUGUAUCAAUUUAUUUGGCCAGUUAUCUCAUUUUUUCAGAGAAUAAAAUGGAAGAGAAGUAUGAAACUCUGAAGAUUCAGCAAGAAUCGCCAAAUUCUGGAGUUUUUAACCUAAUCAUAAACCGCCCAUCUGUCAGUAAUGCACUUGGACUCAAUUUCUUUAGUGAAUUCCCCAAAGUUCUUAAUGCGCUCGACCAAAACCCUACCGUCGCCGUCAUCGUUCUAUCCGGGUCCGGCAACCACUUCUGCGGAGGUAUCGACCUUAAAAGCCUCGCAGCUAUGGCCGAUGAUAACUCGGGAGAUCAAGGCCGCACCAGCGAACGGUUACGGAGAAAAAUCAAGUUCCUGCAAGAUGCGAUCACCGCCAUCGAGCGGUGCCGGAAGCCUGUAAUCGCGGCGAUACACGGCGCGUGUCUUGGCUUGGGGAUCAAUAUCGUGACUGCCUGUGACAUAAGGUAUUGUACUAAGGAUGCAAUUUUUUCUGUCAAGGAAGUGGAUUUGGCUAUUACCGCCGAUCUCGGUACGCUCCAGAGACUACCCGGGAUAGUAGGGUUUGGGAAGGCCAUGGAGUUGUCGUUGACGGGAAGGAGGUUCUCGGGUGAUGAGGCCAAGGAAUUGGGCCUGGUUUCUCGGGUUUUCGGUUCGAGGGAGGAACUGAAAGAAGGCGUUCGCACCAUUGCAGAGGGAAUCGGAGGGAAGCCGCCGCUAGCGGUGGUGGGAACAAAAGCGGUGUUGAUACGAAGCAGGGAUGUGAAUGUGGAACAAGGGUUGGAUUAUGUUGCAACUUGGAACUCUUCCAUGCUUUUGUCAGAAGAUCUGACAGAGGCAAACUCUGCUCAAAAACAAAAAAGGAAACCUACUUUUGCUAAGCUUUAAAUUUGAUGUUUUUCUUUUAUUUGAAAUUUGGUAUGUUUAAUAGGAAUGGGUAGCUGAUUGGAAUCAAGCCAACUUUAAGUUUAUGUAGUAAUUAUGGUUAAUUCGAUGUGAUAUGGGUCCACUUUUCUAAUUUAAUCUGUCUUUGUUACUAAAAAAAGUUUCAGUGAUUAAAGAAAAAUAAUAAAACAUGAAUUUAGAUA